GCCGCGUCGAGCGUAUACAUUAAUAAUUUUGCUUCUGAACUAUGUCUUUUACAAGUUUUAUACCAGUGUAAAAAUUAUCAAGAAAAGUAUCUGGAGUUUAAGAUAUGCAUUACAGAGCACGUUUUGUUACUGAAUUCAGCUGAUCUUAACAGACAGUCGGAGAAAAUGAUCGUUUACGCCCCACAGGAUAAACGCGGAUAUGUCAAAAUUCUUCGUUUCACAAUGAGAAUUCCAAACGACUUGAAUGGGAAGUCAUCUUUUUACUGUGGACGUGUGAAUGAAGAUUCAAUCGACAGAUGAACGCAUCGAGAAAUUAGAAAUUUGUAAGAAACUCGAUCGUAAGAUUUUACAAUUCACUGGUGAUUUUCUUGUAACUUCGUGGCUCCAUAAUUUUCCUUGUUACAUUGUAGUUGAUCUCUUCUAACGGCAUGCACUUAAGAUGAUCCGGCACUGGGAAGUAUUGUUAUGAAUUUUCUAC